AUGUUUAGUGUUGACGUGGAUAACGCGAUUGUUUUCACUUGUGUUGCUUGGAGCGUCUUCCAGGUCCUCCUCUUGGCACUUUUCUUUUUUAUAAAUACGACAAUCCAGUUCCUCAGUGUCAUCUUCCCCCUCACCUUCAAGCUUCGACGGUCUCCUUUGAUGGGGGCGUUUUUUGUGAUCGUUGUACUGUCUACCGUUCAUACCGCUCUUACACUUGACGUCAUUGUGAAGGACCUAUGCCAGCUCGUCUUUGUCAUCUCUGCUGGCAGGAAACACGAAGAAUUGGAACAGAAUUUAGCUAAAAUGCAAAUCGUGCUGGCCAUUCCACUUGGCGUGUUUGUUCUUACGUGGAUUUUGACCAUUUUUAUGUACGCAGCUGUGCUGAAACAGAUUCACUCUGCAAGCGCCUCACUCUUCAAGCUGCAAGUGAGCUCCGAGAAACCGCUAGAUCAACUACGAAACAGGCUUCUCUUUCAGUCACGUAAAUGGCACACUUUAAUCAAAAAAAACCUCCACAAAAGCUUGAUCCUUGGUGCUGGAACCUUCGCCUACUACUUACUUGAGACGCCGUCUUUUUUAGUGAUUUAUAAAAUCGUGAAACCAAACUAUUGGGCACUUCUCGCCCACAUUUCUGUUCACGCCGUCACGCCAAUUUUGCACAUCUCACUGAGUAAAAGCUUCCGAAGAGCCUUCGUCGGAGUGAUAAGAAAUCAAAGGCUAAGUUUCAUUUUCCCAAUGACUCCACGAGGAUCUAUCUCGGUUAUCGACGAGGACACCCACUAG